AUGACCCAAAGAACGCGGCAGUCGCCAGAGCCGCACUACAGCUUCACGAUUCCCUCUAUCCAUGAUGAUAUGACACUCGAUUGUCGCAUAUAUCACCCAGCUGCCCUGAACACCUCAGAUGCUGCAAGUAAGACACGAUGGAGGAAACGAGGAAUCAUUAUGGCGCAUCCUUAUGCACCAAUGGGCGGUAGUUACGAUGAUCGUGUGGUGGGUAUCGUUGUGGACGAGUCCUUGAAGGCUGGCUGGAUAGUCGGAUCUUUCAACUUCAGAGGUGCACAUGGUUCAAAAGGACGCACCAGUUGGUCAGGCAAGCCAGAACUCGAAGACUAUAGCUCCUUCGCCGCCUUUUUCCUGCACUAUAUGUGCUACCUGCAGCCGUCUCCAAUUUCAGAUAUUCCUUUCACGCCUGAGCAGUCUCCUGUAUCACUACUGUCGCACAGCUCAGGCGACUCCACGCGGACGCGGAGUGGAGAGCCCCCAGUAGUCAUACUAGGCGGGUACUCAUACGGCUCCCUGAUCCUUAAACAUUUGCCGCCCCUUCCAACCAUUCUACAUCCUUUUUCUUGUCCUAUAACAGGUAGCGCUGCGGAUGAGAUACUUCUACGGGCACACAAGCUCGCCGGCCAGAGUAGCCUGGAAUGGAAAAACUUUGCUAGAGAGCAAGCACGAGAGAAGAGAAGAAAGCCUGGACACGAGCCAAAGCUUUCUGUUACGAUGGGCGGAGAGGAGACGAGUGCCUACCAAAGGAGAAGCAGUCGAGAGAUUCGCAGGAGUUUUGAUGGGAGUCGGAGCCUGGAUCUAAAGACCCGGAUAAGAAGCCUGAGCCAUCGAAGGCUUGCGGAAGAAGGGCCAGUCUCGCCGCUGGAAGAGACGAAGAACGUGGAUGUCACAGUAGCAGAGGUCCGAUAUCUACUCAUAUCACCCCUUACGUCCCCUAUCUCUACGCUUGCGGCGCCAGCUCUAGGCCACAAGUUUUGGAGCAGGCCAAGCGAAGGUUACCAGGAGGUUGUUGGGAAGCAUGCAGCGCUAGCCAUUUACGGUGACCAAGAUAUCUUUGCUUCUGCAAAGAAGAUCCACGACUGGGCUGAGCACCUCAAAGCUGGGCCUGAAUCACAGUUCAUCGGUGUUGAAGUCGAAGGAGCUGGACAUUUUUGGAUUGAAGCGGGGGUCGAAAGGACGCUAAGGGCAACGCUGAGAGACUGGGUGGCUGAGAUUUAA